AUUAAAGUUUAAGUUGAUUGAAGUAUAAAUGAAUAAAUCUCGAAUUGUCUAUAUCGUGUAGUAUAUUAUUAAACGCAAAGAUUCCCCAGAGCAUUUCUGCUCAACAUUAAAAGCUCGUAUCGAGGAUUUCACAACAUUUUUGGUGGCCCAUGAGGGGAACCGCGCUUAAUUCGUACUAUCCGCAUAUGAUUCUUCCUCGUUCCGCGUUCAGUUAAAUGCACAAAUAAAAUCAUAUUUUAUCGGCUGCAACUGUAAACGGCAAACACACCGCAAACCAACGGUUUAUCCAACAGCCGCUAUCUCUCGCACGAAGCAGGGACAAAAAAGACCAGACGAUAGCUCUGCGCCUGGACAGUAGCCUCACUGCAGCACACAAAAGCAACUCAAGCCGACGGUUAGACAGCAGCCUCUCUCUCGUGCAAAGCAGAAACCAAGAGACCAACGAGCGUUCUGUUGCUGCACAUCAUCUCUAGACACAAGGCCUCAACUCAACGCUCACAUUAGCACAGUUCUGCUCUCCGCUCGGACAACACCAACAACAACGACUCGCAAGUUCUCUUAAGCUACGCUUUAAGCAAAGAGAAGCACUCCCGAGUACCAGAAAAGGAUGGCGCAGAUCGGAAAACAAAAGCUUAUUUUCAAACGCGCUUACAAACUUUGCAACGGUUCUUAGGUGAAUUUGAGCAAAAUCAUCAACGUUUACUAAUACUUCGAUGUCCAAGUACGCAUAGUUAUGUGUCCAGCGAAGUGGCCUUUCGCUUUGAUGAAGACUAUACAACGGCAUUCAGCAUCAUAUCAGAGGCCUACGAAAAUGUAUGUCCAAGAGCAUCACCGGUACAGCAGAAUCCAGAGCCAGCAAAUCCAUCGGUAUCAUCAGUGCAAUUGCCCAAGCUACCUGUACCGACAUUUACAGGCAAGUUUGUGGAUUGGCCGGCAUUUCACGAUGCAUUUGUUCAACUCAUCCAUAACAACCAGAAACUGUCCGACGUCCAAAGGUUUCAUUUCCUGAAGCAAGCUCUUCCCUCGGAUCGCGACGAGGAUAUUCAGCAGAUGGCGCAUGCGGGAAAUAACUAUGCAACAGCUUGGAGUCUCGUCCUCAAGCGAUACGACAACAAACGGCUGCAGUUUAUGUACCAUAUGAACGGUUUGUAUGACUUGCCACAGUUGACAAAGGAGCAGUCUGCUGAUAUAAAACAUAUGCUUAAUGUUGCGACGGUUUGUCUCAAUGCUUUCAAGAAUCUAGAUGUUCAGCAUUGGAUGGCUCAUCAUCUCACUUCCAGACUGCCAAGCCCGACCCUACAAGCUUGGGAGCUCCAUCUCGGGAGCUCUGCCGAGCUUGCCACAUUUUCUCAGCUACAAUCAUUUCUCAACGACCGUCUCGUCAGCAUCGAUGUGUUCGAAAAUCGAGGCCACUCCACGACGCGGACCCCUGUGCCUGUGUCAGUUGGCAACGUAACAUACAAGGGCAACAGUUUCCACGCCAAGACUGCGGUUGCCGAACACACUCGCUGCCCUCACUGUAUCGACAGUCACAAUCUUCGGCAUUGCCCGGACCUUUUGUCCAAGGACUGCUUUGCAAGGAAAGCCAUCGUCGAUCAUGCAAAGGCAUGCCUCAACUGUCUGAGCCGUUCCCAUGCACUUUCAAAAUGUACCAGUAAAAGGAACUGCACGCAGUGUGGUCAAAGACACCAUACACUGCUGCACUUCCCAACUCCUGCUCAGGUGGCAACACAGCCUCACGCAGCCUCCCACAGCGCUCGUUUCGGUAACUCCUGGCAGUAUUCAACGAGCGACUCAUCUGGCAGGGCUACACCUACGCAACUCUACGCUAGGACCCCACUUGCUACUCAGAGCACGGCACAGCCUCUCCCAGGGGUUCCCAACACUAGUUCCAGUGGUCAUCCACAGUCUGCAGCGACCAACUCGUCUGUGAGAACACACUCUGCGCAACUAGUCUCCGCUACGGCAACGCAUCACGGACCCAGCACUGUCCUUCUGGCCACUGCCCUGGUCACAAUCCACAACCCCCACAUUGGCCAAUCAGCUGUGGUACGUGCGUUAGUGGAUUCAGGCUCGGAAGGAACCCUCAUUACAGAGCACACAGUGCAGGCUCUCAACCUCAAGCGGCAUCCAAUUUCGGCAGAAAUUGCUGGAGUUGGGACCACCUCCAAGAACAGGUGUACCUACACUACAGAAUUGUCAUUAAGUUCUUGUACUUCGCAGUUUUGUACUACCAUUGAUACUGCGUUUAUACUUAAAACGCUUACAUCGCAAUUACCUUCAAAAUCCAUCAAAUUGCAGCAAUGUCCUCAUUUGAACGGAAUAGAACUCACCGAUCCCGGGUUCUACAAACCACAACGGAUUGAUCUUCUGCUGGGAGCGGACGUAAUCCCACAGAUCCUGCUUUCAGAUAUCCGCAGAGGAAAGGAGAACCAACCAAUUGCACAGCACACCCAGCUUGGCUGGAUAGUCUUUGGUCGAGCCACUUCCACACGCUCACACGCUGUCACUAUUAGAUGUCACCACAACAGGCUAGAGAAUCUCGUCCAAAAAUUCUUCGAAAUGGAGCAUCUCGGUUCUGCAAAACAGCUCACACCAGAAGAGCGAUGGUGCGAGGAGCAUUUUAAACGAACUCACAUCCGUCAACGAAACGGCAAGUAUUUGGUACGGUUACCACUUAAGCGUUUGUUUGACCCUUCGCAGGUGCUAGGCAAAUCACGUCAAAUCGCGAUGAAUCGAUUCCAAAUGCUUCAACGAAGAUUCCAAAGGCAGCCGGAGCUGCAAGCCAAAUAUUCGGAAGUCAUGAAUGAGUACUUUCAACUAGGCCAGGUGACCAAAGUAACAACCAAGGAGCAGCAGCAUUGCAUCAUUAGCAAGGAGAAUGGAAUCGAGUCCACAUGUUGCACCUUGCCUCAUCACGCAGUAUUCAAAGAGGAAAGUGUCACUACGAAGGUUAGAGUAGUAUAUGACGCCUCCUGUAAAACGUCAAACGGAAAAUCGCUCAAUGACGUCCUAUGCACUAGACCAGCGCUCCAAAACGAUCUAGCCGGCGUGGUCCUGAAUUGGCGUUUCCAUCGUUUUGUUUUUGCUGCCGACAUUCAGAAGAUGUAUAGAUGCAUUGACAUGAAUGCAGAGGAUUCGCAAUGUCAACGCAUCUUUUGGCAUGACGAACACAACCAAGUAGCUGAGUAUUAUCUCAACACAGUUACGUUUGGAACCGCUUCAGCUCCUUACACAGCCAUUCGCGUCAUACGUCAACUCGCGCAGGAUGAACGCGACCGAUACCCACUCGCGGAAAGGGUCCUUCGACAUGAAAUAUACGUUGAUGACGUACAAAGCGGAGCUUCCACUCGCGAAGGAGCAUUAGAAAUUCAAAAUCAAUUGAUCGGAGCCUUACGAUCAGCAGGAAUGGAACUUCGAAAGUGGUCUGCGAAUGACGCUUCUCUGCUAUAAGACAUACCUCCA